GCUUUGGAUAAGCACAAACCACUAAUCAGAAGGAAAUGGUUGAUUCAAAUCAGACGUAUAUUCAUCAAACUACUCAAAGUCAACUGGAUAUCACAUCUAUUUUGAAAUUCCCUAUAGAGCAUUGGCGCAUUUUGUUAAUACUACUCGCAGUUUCUUUGAUAAUUUACAAACUUUUACAAGUAGUAACGAUAUGUUUCAAGUUUACUGUUAAAAAAUGGUGCUUUACUAAACGGAAAACACUUUGUAAAGCUGGUGAAUGGGCAGUUGUGACUGGUGCAUCGUCAGGUAUUGGUGAAGCGUAUGCAGAAGAAUUGGCCAAAGAGGGUCUCAACAUCAUGCUUAUCAGUAAUGAUGAGGAACAACUAUCGAUCGUUGCCAAUCGAAUCGCAACUACAUACAAUGUUCAAACACGAAUUGUGGUUGCAGAUUUUACUAAACAUGAUGUCUAUGAAAUAAUAAGACCUGCUGUUGACCAAUUAUCCACAAUCGCUUGUUUAGUUAACAAUGUUGGUAUGGGAUUACCUUUUGAGUUGUUUAGUGGAGAAAUUAAUUCACCGAAUGAAGAAUCAAUUAGAAAUAUCAUUCAUUGUAAUAUUUUGUCUGCAGUAACAAUGACAAGUAUAAUUCUGCCGAAAAUGUUAACACAAAAGGAACCUAAUCCUGGUAUUAUAAACAUUGCAUCUUAUUCAGGUUUAAAAGUGUUUCCUUAUGCUUCAUUGUACGCUUCAACCAAAGCAGCUAUUAUUCAAUUUUCGAGAUGUGUGGCUGCAGAGAAAUAUAAGAAGAAUGUUAUCAUACAAGCGAUAUGUCCAUUAUUUGUGUCGACAAAUAUGACCAAUCUAAUGAAAACCACAUUUUUCAUACCAACUGCUAAAGUGUAUGCUAAAAAUGCAUUAGAUAUGUAUGGUGUUGAACAACAAACUUUUGGUUAUUUUCGGCAUGAGUUAAAAGCAUAUCUUUACAGUUUGUUGCCAACAUCAGUUUUUAUAAGAAUUAUAAGAUUAGUAGCUAAAUCAACACUAAAGAAGUCUUAGUACAUUUAAUCAAAAUCAUCAGAUGUCGUUAAAUCUUAUUAUUGUGUGAUAUUCUGUUGUCCAUCAUCAUCAACAUCAUCAUCAUCAUCAUCAUCUCAUCACAUAUUCUACUUCAAUUUAUUUGUUACAAAUAAUAAAACACAUAUGUACUUGACGACAUUUCUCG